CUAUCCGUAUUCCGUAUAAACCUCCCUCGUAACGAAAAGCCUCUACAUUGUAGUCUGGUAUGUAAAAACAACCUCAAGAGUACAGUAAUCCAUUAAAUGUGUUAAAUUUACUGCCAUAUCACCGACUUAGGUGAUCAUAUGUGCAACAACAAUACACUAUUAGUAUGGUUGACCCGGAAGCAGUUGAUCCUUGUCCUAUAACCCGGUAUAUCGGAAAACCCCAUGCAGUGCGUAACUCGUCCCGAAAACAAUAGCGAAACGCACCACUGAAACCCUGAAAAUUGGUCAACUUUCAGGCGUAAUUACAUGACUUCUAACUGCGGUCUAGCUUUCAAAAAUAGUUCCUCGUGAUUUAUCAACCCCUUCCAAGAACGGGGAACCAUUUUUUAGGCUGAUAUAACGCAUCGCGGCUUUACUAUACCGUUUUCUUUGAGAUCUACCGUAAGAAGUCAAUACGGCUACGUACAGGGCUUCGGAAUUUUUGCCGUCCUGUAAGAUUGUAACGUUAUACUUAAAAGUGAUCUGUUGUUAAUAGUGACAUACAUUCAUGAACUCCCUUAGAAGACAUCUCUGUUCAGUACAGAGAUUUAGCUGUCGAGUCCAUCACAUCGCACUGCUGCGAACUGCAUGGACAUGUCCCAACAGGACGUCAUCCACAGGUCAUGCACAAGACAAGUCAAUGGUGUAUGUACACCAGACUGGAUUCACUAAGCCAGGCCUGGUGCCGAGUCUCACUCCAUUUGGUAUGAAACUGAUGACCUACCUGCGGAUGGUCGACAUCCCGUAUCAGUACAGCAAAACCUUCAAACUGGGGCCAAAGGGAAAAAUACCAUGGAUCACUUACAAGGGACAACCUAUGGGUGACUCAGGUCUCAUCAUGGAGUUCCUUAAUGAAGAAUUUGGAGUUGACCUGGAUUCACAGCUGUCAGACAAGGAACGUGCCAUCAGCAGGGCAUUUAUCAAGAUGCUAGAGGAGAACACAUACUGGGGUAUCGGCUACGACCGAUGGCAGGAAAACUACUCCCACCUGGGACAGCUGUUUGACGUUCCCUCGGCCCUCCAGCUGUUUAUUUUCCCCACGGCCUCGCGGAAGGUGCGACAGAUGCUGCAUGCCCAGGGGCUGGGCAGACACUCCACCCAGGAGAUCCAUGCCAUCAUUCAGAAAGAUGUCUGGGCUGCUUCUGAGUUCUUAGGUAACAAGCCAUACUUCAUGGGUGAGGAGCCAACUGCUGCAGACCCAACUGUUUUUGGACUGUUUGCAGAAUUCCUUUGGACCACACCCGAACACUCCCACCUAUACAAGCUAACCAAUGAACAAUAUCCUAACAUUAAGGACUACUGUUUACGUAUGAAGGAACAGUAUUGGCCAGACUGGGAUGAAGUUGUUGGUACCAAAAGAUGACAGUGUUGCUGCAGUUUUAGGAAUUGCUUUGGUUUGUUUUCUUGCCAUUAUCUAUGUGUUAUAUCAAACUUUGUGUUCCUGGUCGAUUUCUGGACCAUAGAGUGUAGCUACUGUAUGAUGUAUGAUAAUGUCCAAUGCACCAAGUAACAAUUUAUUAUUUGGUGACACUAAAUGAUAAAUCGUUAAUUCUCUUUGCCUUCUUUAUAACUUUAUGCUGGAAUU